AACCCUAAGGCAAUUUGCGGUCUUAGCUGAGCUUACCAAUGGAUAUAAAACAAUUUCCCUUUCAUGGAGUUAAAUCAGAUCAGAACUUGAGUUCAAGCCAUCAGCAGUAAGAAACACAGUCUUCUUUAACAACAUGAAAUUCGCUGUCACAACUUUGUUCACUUUGGCCUUGGCCUUGGGUGCCCAGUCAUAUGUAUUGCCAUGGGGAGUACCAGAAGUUGUUGGUGGUGGCCUUUCAUACACUGCUGUUUCGGGACCUGUUGUAGCUGGUCACUGGGGUGCAUGGGGUCCUUGGGGUGUUCCUAGUGUUGCCGUUUCUGCUCCCGUUCUUGGUGCCGGUCCUGGUACUUAUGUGGCAAAAACUCGUGGUGCCGUCCACACUGCUCCUUUGGAUGGUCAUUUGCAAUCGGUUGCUAAUGUUAAUCUUGCUCCAGCUCCUGGAACUCUCUAAAUCUCUUGCGGAUUGAAUUUACCCGAACAGAUACUCCACAACCAUCAUCUUGCACUUCAUUCUUUUAGUUUUAUUAUAGCACACGUAUUCAUAAAUGUUAUCGAAUAAAGCAAUCACUUGAUGAAAGAGUCAAAGGAAAAA